CACAGAAUAAUGGCUUCCAAAACUUUAAACGAUUACAAAAGUCUAACGUAAAUACAAAGCUUCAUAGUACAUUAUUUUCCUAAGUUCUAUAAAUUUAAAUAAUUAAGAUUAUGUUGCAAGUUGUGGUUUACAUAAUGAAGGUAAAUUUAUACUAACAAAUGCUUAAAACAAUUAUGUUUACCAGACAUAAUUAAAAGGAGACGAAGCUAUAGGGGAUUAAAAGUUAAGUUGAAAGAUGGAUAUUCAUUCAGAAUUUGUUGAGCCCCUGUCACCUAGAAUAUCUUACAAUAACAGCAGUAGUUACUGGAAAAGUGAGGAUAGUGGCUAUCAUACAUCUUUUACCCCUGGCUCAUUAGAAUGCUCCGAAGUAUCAAACGAUAGUAUUAACUCCACUUUUAUAAAAGGACGGAUAUGCUUCAGAGGUCCUUAUCAGGUAGACUACUUCAAUAUAUCUCCCGAUGACCUUGUAUCACAUGCCAACAUUUCAGCUUGUAUUAGAAAUAAUGAUUCUUUUAAAGAUUCUCCGAAAGGUCGAAGAGGCAUUAAGAGGCCGUUUCCUGAUGAAUUAGAGAACAUUGAUAUUCCAUAUAAUUCCAUACCUACUCCAACAUCCUUAAUAGCUGGUGGCUUGAGAAAACUAAAAUUUAAUGAUAGUAAACCAAAAGCAUCUAGGAGCUUAGGUCACACAGAUGAUUUACAUGAAUUUUAUAAUCUUCAUGAAAAAGUACACACUUUUCCAUCCACUCCGAUAAAGAAGACUUGUAGAACAAAUUGUCACUUAAACAGUCCAACAAGCUUAAAGAGGCCAGCGAAGAAGUUAAACUUUGCUAUCCAUUCACUCUCAUGUGAAGCCAAAGGAUUGCAACCGGUGACUAAAGUUACUAAGUCAAAGGCAGUGAAAUCUAUUCAAUUUAGACCUGAACAGAAAAUUGAUAUUAUUAAAAUGUUGUAUGAAAAGGUCAACAUGAGACCUCCAUUAAUGAAGAUAUUUAGUUACUUAUCUAAUGAGGACAUUUUCAAUUUCACUUUAGUUAGCCCAUUGUGGCUAACAGUCUGGGAAAAUAUAAGUGUCACAAGUAAACUGUUGGAGUACAGAACAUUCCUCAAAAAUGUGGAGGAGAAUGUAGAGAACAGAGAUGUUGCACCAAAAAUUAUUGGAUCACACCAGAAAAAGCCACUUUCAGAAACACAUAAUAUUAUAGUUUCAAAAACUCGACCCGUUAGUCCACCAGAUACACCAAGGACUAUUAAGUUCAAGAGAUUUACAAAGGCUGCAUCUCUGGAUCUACGAAAACAACUGUCUUGUGUAAGAUGCCAUCAACCUGCCAAGGUAACAGAAGAAAGCUCUGGAGAAGAAUGGGUGGAAUGUACAAGUGUUACUUGCUCUUACCAGUAUUGUAAGUUCUGUAAAUGUGACAGACAUCCAGGUAAGAAAUGCUUUAAAUAUGAUUUGGAUGGCCCUAGCCCUUCUAAACGGAAGAAAAAUACUUAUGCUAUUGGCACCAAGAAGAGCCGAAAAAAUCUGAGGCGGCUGUUGUGACUUAAGUAUAAGAAUGAAGUAUCCCAGUGAUUUGUUAUUAUCAUUGCAUUCCAUGUCCAAAGAUUGUUGAUUUACAAAAUCAUUUUUAAGAGAUUAGGGUUUUUUUUGAAGUUCAUAGAGUUAUCUAGGGUCUGAUCUAGUGCCAUUUUUAUUGAAGUAGGAUAUAACGGCAUUUUAUUUACCUCAUAAUUUACUUUAAUGUUUUAAAAUGGCUGCAUUUGAAUGGUUAAUGUAGGAUACCAUGGCGGUUUUGCUUUAUUGUAAUUUUUGGGACCAACAUCUUUAAGAUAGCAAGUAACAUGGGUGUGGGCGUCUCACAAAUGAUGCAUUUGUGCUUUACAAAAGAAUACAUUUUACUAGUUUUAAAAUUUGAAGUUAAUUUAAUGACAGACUGAUAGAUUUGCCAUAAAUGGUUAGUUUUAAGUUUUGUAAAUAAAUUAGUAAUAUAAUUUUUAUGGUUAUUCCAAUUAGCAAUAUUUUUUGUUUGUCUCAAAAGCAUUUAAGACUAGUUCAAAUCACUAGCUGACAAUGUACAAGUGUUCCUGUGAUAAUCCAUCAACUAUUUUAACAUAUUAAAAUAUUUAAAAAAUCUCAACACAUUAAAACUAGUAAACUGGUAAUAUUAUUAUUACCUACUAAGGCAAAAUAUAAAAUAAAAUUACUUAAAAUUCCUUAUUGUACUAGUAACACGCAAUGUUUGAUACAACUUAAAAAAUAAGAAAUUUUGUUUUAUAAUUGCCUUGAUUCAGUCACACCUUAAUAUCUAGAGACUGUCUUUCGCCAUUUUAGUUAUGUAGCAUACUCAUUAGAAUAAGGUUUUAAUUUGGUUUAAUUGGUUUAAAAACAUCACUCCUUUUAAUUUAUAAAUGUGAAAUUUGUACAUUGAUGUAAUUGGGAAGACAAUUUACUAUUAUGUCUUGAUAGAUUGAAUUAAUUAUGAUUUCCAUGACGUUAUAUUAAUACAUGCAGAUGCAUUAUAAGCUACAUAUUCUGUAGGAAUUGUAAUUUCUCUAACAAAAAAACCUUAUUAAUUUUAUUAACAUUCUUAUAAAAAUACUCUUUUUUUCUAGUCUUAUCAAUUUAAAAUAGCCAUAACUUAUAUUCUGUUUUAAAUUUAAUGUACCCAAUCACAUCAAAUAUUUAGUCAUUUUAAUUGAACAUCACGUUACAUUUUUAAAAUACUCAAUGGCACAAUUGUUAGUAAGAAUUACUAUUUUAAAGAUACUUUUAUAAUUGAAUUGGGGUCGCCUUCUGCAGUUUACCGUUAAGAGGUCCCUUCCUUGCUCGAAAUUAAACGCCUACGAAGUAAGACGCUAACGGUUUUUUAGUUUUUAAUUUCUCAUGUUAUAAUUAAAUGCCUGUAAAAUGAUUAAUGUCCCAUUGUUUAAAGCUUUUUUUAUAAACGAAGGAAACUAGAAAAAUAUUUCGGAUUAGAUUUAAUGGUAUCAGAAAAAGAAUUUUUGUGGUCCGAAAGUUUAAAAUUUUUAUCCAACUGUUGAAUUUUGCAUUUUUUUGAUCUAAUUAAGCAAUCUGAGAAACAGGUUUCGGAGGCCUUACAAAACUUUAUAAAUGUAACAUAACACCUGCACCAUUGAUAGUCAUAAUCCUUAAUUUUGAAGUAUUUGUAAUGGUAAUGUAAUAUAAUAUAUCCUAGUUAGUAAACUGUGCUAAUUAAAAGUCGCAGUUUUGUAUUAUUUCAUCAUCGACGUAAUCCCAGUGUAGCACUAGGGUUAGCAGCUGAGAGGUUUACGUACGUGUAUGCAAAUAUUUAAGUAUCAAUCAUUUUAAAAUAUACGAGAAUUAUAUUACGCUGUACUUGUUACAAAACAUGGAUUGAAGCAAUAUUUUAUUUGAUUGGUGAUGAAUAUUUGACACUAGGAAAGCCCUAACCCUGGAAGAACUCACCUUGACUCGAUGGCAUACCCCAGCUCAGCCAUAGAAAUGUAACUUUCUACCACAGAAAGAAUUAUUUAUUACCAAUUGUGCAAGAAGCUUCAUUUAUGUACAUUAUGUUGAAUUUCGCCAAUUUCUUCUUUUUUUGUAUGGGCAAAACAAUUGUGACAUCUAUAAGGUUUUAUGAAUCCUGUUUUCACAGGCCUGCCUGAUAAUGAUUAAUUACUUUAAAAAGUAAAUAUUAUCUUAUUUAUUUGUAAAUAAUUCUUUCAUUUUAAUGAUUAGAUUUAGUUAAUUUGAUAAUUUGAUUGAUUUAUCUAAUAAUUUUAUCUUGAUUCAGUAGGGAAGACUACUUAUACUUUGUUGUCCUAGUAUUUGUAGUGAUUAAUGUAAAUAUUGUUUUAAUGUGAUUUCUGAAUGAUUUACUUGAAAUGCUCUCUUUCUUAAUAAAAGUAUAAAAAUUG